AUGGCUAGCAAGGAAGAAGAUUCUGAGCUUUUACGAGGAGCUUUGGGUGCAAUCGAUGUAGAGAAACAAAAUGUCGAACUCGAAGCUACUGUGAAGAGCCUUUCUGAAACCAAACUAAGUUUACAGAAUGAACUGGAGAAAGAAAGAGCUGAAAAGCAAAAGUUAGCAGAAGCCAAAGCAGACGCUGAGCGAAGCAGAACAGAAGCAGUGGAGAAAUUCGAAGAUCUCUGUCAAAGCGAACGCCGUCUCAGAGAACGCGAGCAAUACAACUUGCAGACGUUGGCUCAACAAAGAGAAUCCCUGAAUGAUACACAGCAAAAAUUGAACAAGGAACGCCAAACAAAUAUGCAAAAGUCCUUUGAGGUUGAAAAAUUGUCUAAUCUUGUGCGCUCACUUACAAAUAAGGAACAAAGCCUCAACCAUGAGCUGGAAGAUUCUAACAGCAAGAUUAAAUCACUCAACAGCCAAAUCAACCAUCUUCAAGAACUCUACGACAAUUUGAGAGAGGACAGUAACUCAGAGCGUACCAAGUUAUUGGAAAAGAUCAGCAACUUUCAAUCAGAAACGAAGCAGCUCCAAAACAAAGUGGAUCAGCUCGAAAAGGAGUUGGAACACGCAAGGAUCCGUGUGAUUGAAGCUGAAAACAGCCUGGGCGAACUGACGAGAUCCAAGGAUCAAAUGGAACUCACUUUGGGCAGUACUCAAAAAGCAUUCAAAGAUCUGCAAGCGCUUUACGACGCACACACUAGCAACACACGUUCCAAGUUUAGCUCAUAUGAGGCCAAGAUUGAUCACAUCACUAAAGAAAAAGAAGAACUGGCAAAGCAGAACAAGGAUUUGGAAGAUCAAUUGGCCCAAGAGAGAGAGCUUCGUAAAGUGAAUUUCAACCAAAUGACAGGUGUCACAACAGAAACAGCAUCAGGUGAAGGCAGACCCACCAGCAAUUUGCUUCGAUUGAUCCAAGAUUACCAGAACCUCAAGAGGCGACCCGAAGAUAUUUUUGAAGACUUCUUCGAGCUCAAAGACAAGUAUAGCAUUGCUGUCAAGAGUAAUGCCAACCUCAACGGCCUGAUUGAGCAACUCAGUCGUAAACAACGAGAAAAAGAAAUUGAGUUUGACAGACUCUACAGAGAAUUGAAGCUGACUGGUAACAAGAACACAACGCUGGAAACCUCGCUCAAGGAUCAAAAGAAGGCUUAUCAACAGCUCACAGAUGCCAACACAAAGUUACAGAGCGACUACAGUGCUUUACAACGAGACAAUACCAAUUUAACAGCAUCACUGAAUGAUACCACCUACCAAUUACAACACAUCUUGUCCGUCAUUCAAAAACGUAGUGAGCCCAUUCCUGCCGGUUUGAAAGAAAGCGCCAGUCUGCUGCGUGAUGCCAACAUCAAGCCUGUUCUAUCACACCAAGAACUCGUCUAUGAUAAUGUGGCACAACUGCAAGACCUCAACAAGGAGCUCUCUGUGCAAGUCAGAACAUUGCGUGAACAACUCAAAGAAGCUCAAAAUAAGAUUGGCUCUUCCACCAUUGCUCACACCAGUGAUAUCAGCCUGUAUAAGCAAGCACUUGAAGAGGCCAAGCAAGCGACAUCUGAUCUCUCUAGCAAGGUGACACAGCUGCAAUCCAAGAUUGAUACCACUACCAUCGAAUGCGAAAACUACAAGAAGAUUGUCAAUGAAUUGGGAGAUGGUGACGCCAAAGUCAAGUUUGAGCAAAUGCAGGAUACCCAAGAACGCCAGCGUCAAGAGAUGGAUAUCACACUGCAGUCUUAUCGCAAGGAGACCAUGGAGGAGAUGAACAAGCUCAAGGAGGAACUUAUCAACAGCCGUGCAUCUGAAAAGCGUGUCCAGAGCCAAUUGACCAGUAUGGAGGUUGAGAAGCGCAAUCUGUUGGUUAAACUCGAAAAGCUAAACAGCCAUUCUCAACGCAUUGAAAGCCAAAGCAACUCGCUUGUCCGUGACAAUGCCAUGCUGAAUGAACGUAUUCUUCAAAGCGAUCAAGAACUAUCCAGCAUCAAGAAGGAAAUAGCCGACUACAAGAGCAGACUCCAACUGCUGCGUGAAGAAAACAUGGUCCUGCAAACUCGCUAUGAAGCCAUGCACACCUCUUACAAGGAAUUCAGGGAAAUGCGAGACAAGGAGAGCUCUGACAAGAAUCAAAUGGCCUCUCUCUUGGAAGCACUCAAGACUCGAUUUGACCAUAUCACUGCUGUGGACAAGAACUCUGCUGAACAGUCUUUGGAAACCGUGGAGAAACUGACCCGUGAAUUGCAGCAUGCUCGUGAUACGCUUGCUACUACUGAAAAGCAGUUGGAUUACUACAAGUCCAUCGACCAAUCUGAACUUCAAGACAAGUACAAGGAAUCCGUGGCUGAGGUUCGUUUCCUCAAGAAGCAAAUCACCGAGAUUGAGCAAAAGCUGUCUGAUGCCAACCAAGAACGUAUCAUUGCACAAACCAAAUUGGCCACUACAGAGGAGCAACUCAAAAAGGCUCUUUCCAGCGCUGAAAACGCAUCAUCCACUGCAACUCUUAGCUCUUCCUGUGAUGAGCAUGUGCGUCUUUUGGCCGAGGCUGAGGAUCGUGUCCGCAUCUUGGAGAACGAUAACAACGCCUAUCAAACCAUCAUUGCCGAGAAAGAGAAGCUUAUUUCUGCUAGCACUGCUGAACAUGAUAUUCUGGUCACAAAGACACAAGCGUCUAUUGACAAGCUCUUAAAGGACAUUGAAGAACGAAACGAAGCUGUGCGUGCUGCUCAAGAAGAAGCUGAAAAGUCAAUUGCCGAAUACAACGCUCUGAAGCAACAAUCAGUCGCAUCACAAGCUGAACUGGCUGAUGAAAAGGCCAAGUUAGACGAAAAAAUCAAGCAAUUAGAAGCAUCCACGACAUCCAUGCAAGAGGAAAUCACUACAUUGAAACAAGCACUGGAGGUCAAGACCAACGCCUUGGCAGACGUAGAGGCUAAAUUGGAAUCUGAGAGUAAGCUUGCCGAGGAGCAACGUCAAGCCAACAGUGAUUUAUGCGCUGAUGUCUCCAAUCUCACUUUCGAAAUCUCACAAUACAAGGCAACCAUCGCUGCUGCUGCCGCCACCGAAGCCAAGCUUAGAUCUGACUUGGAGCACGAAACCAACGAAAGAAACACUGCAGAGGAAAGCUGGAAGAACAAGUUGGCUGAACUCAACAAGCAACAAGAGCAAUUGUCUCAAUCCGUGUCUGACUUGGUCGCCAAGUACGCUGAAUGGGCUGCUGCUAAUGACAAACAGGAUGGACCUGAGCGUGCUGGUUUUGUAGCCACGACAGAAGAUAUCGUCAAGCAACUGCGUGAAACCAACACCACCCUUCGCAUUGAAAAGGACGCCAGCGAACUGAAUUAUCAAACUGAACGCAGCAAGCGCAGAAGAGUAGAAAGCGAAAUGGAAGCUAUCAAGACCCAGGUAGCUACAUUGCGUGCUGACAUUGCCAGACUCCGUGAAGAGAACAAGAACUUGUUAAACAAGUCUUCCACUGGCGCAUUGGAGGAUAAGAUGCAAUACGAGGCAUUCAAGAGCCAGAAUCAAUUACUGAUGAUGGAGAACUCCCAGUUGAGAGAGGCAAAGCAAAAGGCCCUGAUGGAGCAAGCCAGUAUGGAAGCACAAAUCUCGCCCUUGGAACUCAAGGUCAGCUCAUUGGAAGCAGAGCUCACUCAAGCCAAAUCUGAAGUCGAGGUUCUUGAAAAGAGCCAAAAGGAAUGGACUGCUCGUUCUGCCAAGCUGCUUUCCAAGUACAAUAGAGUCGAUCCUGCUGAAAUUGAGAGUGUCAAAGCAGAGUUAGAAACAACCAAGAAAGAAUUAGAAACCACUAGAUCAGAACUAGAAACUCUCAAGACUGAGAAAUCCAGCGUUGAGUCUACUGUCGAAGAACUUCAGGCAAAGAUCAAGUCCAAUGAAAGUGAUAGGGCAUCUCUGGUGCAAAAGGCCAACGAAAGAGGACGCAUGGCCUUUGAACUCAGAAAGAAGCUGCAAGCUACAACCCAACAGUUAGCAGAUGCAACAAAGAGUACAGAAGCUAACAAUGACACUGCUUCAAAGGCUGAGGUUACAAAGCUGACUCAAGAGAAGGAAACCCUAGAGACUCAAAUCAAGGAUCUCACUGCAAAAUCCACUCGUGAAAAGGAAGCCCUUGAAACGCAAGUCAAGGAUCUCACUGCAAAGCUCCAAGAUAACAAUAAGCAGUCUGGAGAUGUCAAGGAAAAGGAAGCAGAACUCGCCCAGAAGACUGAGGCAUAUACUGCGUUGGAGAAAAAAUAUGCUGCAUUGCUUAUGAAGGCUCGCAAGGUUCAAAUCGAACAAAAGAAUACCAAAGCUGAAUUAGACGCUCUGAAAGCUUCGAAAGAGAGUUCCUCAGAUUCAACUGCUAAGAUUGCUGCUUUGGAGGCAGAAUUGGCUGAUCUUCGCAAGCAAUCCAAUGAACACUCUGUGGAAGCUACAAGAUACAAGGCACAACUCUCCAUGGCUCAAGGCAAAGCAAAUCGUCUUCAAAAGGAAAUUGACUUGCUCAAAUCUCAAAAGCCUUCGUCUACAUUAUCUGCUGCUGCUCCUGCAUUCCAGAUGGGUAACAAUGCUUCACCAGUGUCUUCUCCCAGAAUCACUACUCCCAGUAGUCCCUCUGUCACUGGUGGCCCUGUCCCUGCCAGUUCCUCUCCUGCUGUUAGCAGCCCUGUUGCCCCUCCCGCUAAAUUGCCUACCACCACAGAAACUGUUGCCGCAACAAAAGUAACACCUGAAGUCGUUGCAUCUCCAAUUGUUCCAGCUGUUGAAAGCCCUGCUCCAGGCAGCCCUGCUCCAUCACCUUCUAAAUCGCCUGUGUUGGCCGCUAAACCAGCUGUUGUUGAGGAGCCUAUGGCCUCUACUCCAGAGAUCAUUCCUGCUGACAACGCUACCGAAGCACAACCCAUUACAGCAACAAUAACAACAACCACUGAAUCAACCCAAGAAACUGAGGAGGCUGUGGAGGCUGAACUGUCUAUGGAAGUCGAUGCCGCUACUAAUGUCGAGAGCGAGCAGAUAGCUCAAACAGCAUCAGCAGUAUCAGAAGAACUCGUUGAAGAUCAAGUACCAGUAGAUGUCCAAGUCCGCAUAGAAAAGCCGCCAUCACCAGUAAUUGAAGAACCCGAGACAGCUGAUGUAGAAGCUACACUUGAACAUGAUGACACUGAAGCCAUUGAGGAGACCGUUUCUACCCCUGCCAUACUCACAACUACAGAAGAUGCUGCCGAUGAUGCCAACACUGCUGCCGAGGUGGAAAAUGACUUGAACGACACAACUGAACCUGAAUUGUCUAAUAGAAAGCGACACAGAGAGGAAGACGAGGAGGACAUUUCCGGCAUUGAAUCACCCACAAAAGCCCAAAAAACUGAAGAGUAG